AAAAAGUGGCAAUGGAAACAAUUUAACCCCCUCCCCUUAAAAAGCCACAUUUUUGUCCAGUUCUGCAUAUAAAACGCAAAAGUUGGAUUUAUGUGCUUUUCACUGGACAGUAAAGAUAUGCUAAUUUCUGUAAAUUAUGAGUAUUAAGUCAAAUAAAUUAACUGUCAUAAGACCUGAAAGAAGUGAAAAUACAGUCGCUAAACAUGUACGUACAAAACAAAAAACUUUUUUUUUCUUCAGCUUUGCUUUCACAAAAAAAAAAAAAAAUAGGACAUAGAUGGUUGUCAUUGGACAUUGACAAUUAAAUUGUUAAUGCUUAAUUAUGUUAAUUUAAUAAGUGAUUGAAAAGGUGAUAGUGGUGAAAUUAUGUUAAUGCAGUUCAAAAAAAACUAUGCAGUUCAAAAAAAAAUGUUUUGGAGGCCAGAUUAACUAAAUAUUCGGUGUUGAACUAACCCAAAAAAAGCCUGAUGCUUCAGCGUUAGUUUGUUCGCCAUACAAAUGAUUUCUCCACACAUUUUUUGCCCAUCUAAAUGAUAACAAGCUUUUGCCACCUCGGUCUCUUAAAAUGUCGGGCAGCAGUGACGUGGAUCAACAAUCACAUGACACCCGAGCCGUGACGGGAUAAGAUCUGACAUGAAGGACUUUGCCAACAUUACGAUUUGCUCUCCCGACCAUUUGAGCCGUGAAAAAAAAAAAAAAAAGCGGCAGUUGUGCUAAAUGUCGUGCGGCGAUGAAUGGUAAUCAUCAAUUAAGAAUCGUCAAUGGAAUGUAAUUUUCGGGAUGGAUAAGAUCAACGUCUAAUGAGAGCCUAAGUGAAGCCGGGCGCUGUUAAUGACAUGUCACAUUUUCAUACUCAUCCGACUGAGGCUGACUGCCUUCAUUUGGCUGUAAUUCAUUAGACAAAUGUUGAAUCACUGUGCAAACACACACACACACACACACACAAACACUGCACACUUCCUUUGCCGUUUGCACACAUUUGAAUGCUAAAAAGACAUACAGGCUGUAGCACAGAUAAUGUGUUAGCAUUGAUUGAAUGAUUCUUUAGGAAUGUUGCUGUCCAUUAUUGCGUGUUUUCUUGGGGGAGGUGGGGGGACUUUAUGAACAGAUUGUACAUAAUUUACAAACUACACGUAAACAGCAUUUGCCUUAAGCAGUACGAGUAGGAUCCAGUUCCUCGUGCAUUUGAGAAAGAUUGGUUGGAAACUGUGGCUGGUCGACAACUUAAAACUCGCUAACUGGGCCAUCUUGUGUCAAAUUACCGUUGAAAAACCGAUCGGGGGUCUUCCUAAGCUACGGUGCGGUUGAUCCUUGAAAGUGGAGUGAGAGCAUUGCGGAAAGCCUAAUCCGCCUCCGCCAAGGCGUUAAAUCGGUGUUUGAACAGGUGCAGAUGAAAGGGCCACAGGUGAGGGGCCGAGGAAUGACCACCUUGUGACUCAUCCCCGCGCUCUGACUGGUUGUCUCUUUUUGCCGACCUAUCGGGCUGAUCAAAGCUAACCCGAGCGUUACCGUCGAUGAAACGCUGACAGGCCGGCCGCGUUUUCGUAGUUUGCGGACGAUGAGAUUAAAUCGACGCACACCUGCGUUUUAAUUCGCGGCGGCAAAUGGUCUCGUCAGCGAUCCGUCAACGCCGAGUCUACAGCUGGCGCGUUCGCGUAAGCAGAGUGUUAAUAAUCUGUAUCAAAUGUGUUGAGGGGGGCUUUAAGCGUGUUUGGUAACCUUCGGUUAAUGACGACAUGUCGCCGCCGCAGUCGUCACGCACGCUGGAUGAGAGGAAUUCAACGAUAAACUUUGAUAGCCGGUGUCCACAGACCAGGCGUUUUUCAUGGAAUCGUUACAUCGCAUCCAUGCCCCCUUUCACACUGGCUACUAGCUUGCUGUCUUUGUUGGUAAAACCAGUUUGGAGAACCUUGUCGAGCAGAAGGGUUUAUAAUUGGAAAUAUUCACCAGGUUUAACAUGUACGAUUAUCGGAGCAGAUCGGGGAAAAGAAAUAACUAUUAAAACACAUUCAUCACCGUUUUCUGAGGAGAACGAGAAGAGAAAAUAAAAAUCACUCAACACAGCACAAAAUAAUCGCUCAUGAUUAUUUUUUCCAAGACAUCCGAUAACCCUUUUCUGUCCUUUUUCGGGAAGGUGGUAAAAAAAGCUCCAAUUUGUCCCGAUUAUCAGUACCACACUUAGUCAUUGGCUAUUGUUUUGAUCUCUCAUAAGUAUCCGCGACCUUAAGUCUUAAACUUGUUUCACAUUGACGAUUGUUAGCCCAGAUGAGCAGAUCAAGGAAGAAAAAUCACUUCGAACACAACCCACACCACAGAAUAUUUGUUUCGCACCAUCUUUUGUUGGGAUGCUCCAUACCGCUAUUUUUCAGACAGAUACAAAUAUGAGAAUUCACUCUUUGUAUACCCACCGGUACCAAGUUCCAAUACCUCUUUUGAUCAGGAUGAUUCGCCGAUAUGUCCAACUGCUGUAGUACAGUGUCAACUACUACCCGGGAGCACUUAGUCGAUGUCAAUUUUUUUUGUUUGUUUUAAGUAUCGGUGGCUGGUAUCAGCAUCCUCCGGAUUAGCCAAUACCAAUCCCUGAUAUCCGUACUCAACCCAUCCCUGAUAUUUUGGAAAAAUCCGACAAUUGGCCCUUUCUCUGCCUUGGAUUGCAAAUGUGUUUAAAAAAAUAAAAAUUCAAAUUCAGCCCAAUUACGAAUAAGUGUGUAUCCUGCUUCAGACUUCUCCUAAAAAGUAGACGUGACAUGAGUCGUUGCACAUCAACACCAAAGCUGCUCCUGGUAAAGCGUCGUCACUCCCGAGUUGUCGGUUAGCAGGCGCUUGUUUAUUCUGGAAGCCGCCGCCUUUUCGGAUCUCGUUUGACGACUCUGCAGAGAUAAGACCGGCGAGUAUUUUUCAUGUUUGAGCAGACGGCCUCUCGAUUGAAUUUCUGUCCAUGGGACUGAUUGAAACCUCAGACGGCAAAAGAUGUUGCGACACGUUGGAUCACGAAGAGCGUCUUUUCCCGCCCCGGCCGAGUGAACGCGACACUGACGAUCUGAUGAGAGACGGGGUUAGAUUUGAGAGGAGGUCAUGUGACUGGGAAGGGGAUUGGAGUCGAGAGGGCGGGACCACCUGAAACCACUUUUACCUUUUACCUUACCUCUUCCCUGAACACAAAAGAAACCAGCUGAUAAACCAGCAGCGAGAUCGUUCCUCCACUGGGAUGCGUUCUGCGUAGGACUCACACCCGCAACUGGAUCCCCUCGGCUAUGUUUGGGCCCGGGCAACUGGUCUCUGCUCUCCUCCCUGCGGUUUUCCAUUCACCCGCAGCCCCGUUUUUCCCCACCUUCCCGGCCCGGCAGAUCCUCAUCCCGGCGGGGCCCUACAUCAGCUACGAGUCGCUGAGGAGUUACCUGCAACCGGAGCCAUGCAAGGAGGCGCUGUUGCUGGCCACGCAGGCCAUCGGCAUGGGUCCGCUGGUGGAUGGCGUGGACGAACAGAGACCAGUGAAGCAGCGUCGCGCCCGCGCCAACUACAGCAGCUGGCAGCUAGAGCAGCUGGAGAAGGCCUUCGAGAGCACCCACUACCCCGACGUGUUCAUGAGGGAGGCCUUGGCCCUCAGACUGGACCUCAUUGAAGCCAGAGUGCAGGUUUGGUUCCAAAACCGGCGUGCCAAGAUGAGGCGUCAGCUGAAACUUCAGGGCAAGCGUGCUGGGCCCCAUCCCAAAGCGGAAUGCGGAGACGUCCCAGAUAAAACAAUCCAUCAUUUAAAACAUCGCAUGGACUCUUCUGACAGUGAGCACUGGCCGCGAGCUCAGGAAGACGACGACAACUACCCGUGGACAAAAGCCGCCGGUGCUGCGGCGGCGGGUCAGAGCUCGGAGCAGCUCCGCUCCAGCAGCAUCGCCAAACUGAGGGCCAAAGCCAGAGAGCACGAGGCCGAGCUCAAAGGCGCCGUCAGCGUGUCGCCGGGCGUUGCGUCAGUCCAAACACCGGAGGUGGAUGCCGUGCGUGAUGAUUGAUCACUUCCCUGCUUCCUGUUUUUAACCAUAGCACCAUUACUGAGAUAAACAUCACGCUGUCAAAGUGCUGGAGAAACAUUUCUCAUAAUUUGGACAUUACCAAUUCAUUAGAUAGGCCUGCACUCAAGAGCUGUAUCAAAAAUUCUGCCUUUAGGAAGAAAAUGCUCAUGUUUAUGACCCAAAACAAAGGAGUACAUCAGGUGGAAAAAGUGGAAAGUCUUAAGACUGGCACAAGUAAAUCACUCGACCUGAACCCAAUAGCGCAUGCAUGAAGAGGAGACUGACGAGAGAAACAACCAGAAACAAACAAGAACUGAAAGAGGCCGCAGCGAAGGCCUGGAAAAGCAUUUCGAAUUAAGAAUGCGUCAGUCUGGUGAAGUCAGUGGGGCGCAGGCCUCAACGCAGUUAUUGCAAGAUUUGAAACCCGAAUGUCUUCAGUAUACAUUCAUUAUAAAGGAUACUUUUUGAAGGGUCUACAGCUGGCCCAGGCCUUGAGUUUGAUACUCAAGUAAAACAAGUGCAUGUUGACUGUAAAUAGAACCACGUUGAGUUGUGUCUUGUGAUCAAGGAUGCCUCAAAAUAUGAUGAAAGCACCUCCACUCGUUGGAACAAAAUCAAUCAUUUGCCCUUUAAGGAGUCCAGAUUUGAACUCAGCUACGUGACUCUUUUAUAGUAUUAUUCUCUCUUGCUAACUCACUUUAACAAGGCGAGAGUGUGUGUGUCAUCAUCAUUUGAAAAAUAAACCAAACAUUAUCAUAACAUAAUACAAGGUGUGUCACAAAUGUUCGAGGAGACCGGUGUCACAAAAAAUAUAUUUUCGACUCAGACUGCCAACCACAAGUUUAUCGUCAUCCAGCACGUAUACAAGCUUUGUUCAGUGUUUGGGAAGAA